UGGGUCCAGUUGGCAAAGUUGCCCCGCUUGUUUGGGGGUGGGAAAGGCUGGUGCUGUUGAAAGAGCUCAGAAAGCCGCAAAGGUCACCAUGGCCAACUUGAGACAGGUAUUCCGAAUAGCCUCUUCCAUCCAUCCUCCACAUCCCCAGCAGUGUGUCCGGCUCUUCAGCAACGGGACAGGCCAACUGGCCGAAAAGAGCGUGCCCUACCAGAAAACCUUGAAGGAAGAGACCCCACGAGGGCAAGGCCCCAGCAAACCCCUCCCAGAGUCUGCCGAUGUGGUGGUGGUUGGGGGAGGCAGUUUAGGGUGCCAAACCACUUACCACCUUGCCAAGAUGGGGGUGACCAAUGUUGUCUUACUGGAGAGGGACCGCUUGACCUCAGGGACCACCUGGCAUACUGCAGGGCUCUUGUGGCAGUUGCGCCCCAGCGAUGUGGAGGUUGAGCUGUUGGCUCGCACCCGUGACGUGGUAAGCCAUGACCUGGAACAGGAGACAGGGCUCCACACAGGAUGGAUUCAAAAUGGAGGCCUCUUCAUUGCCUCAAACAAGCAGCGAUUGGACGAGUAUAAAAGGCUCAUGUCUCUAGGCAAGGUUUAUGGCAUCGAAUCGUAUGUUCUGACACCUGGGGAAACGAAAGACUUGUAUCCCUUGAUGAACGUGGGUGAUCUCUACGGCACACUCUACGUCCCCAAGGAUGGCACGAUGGAUCCCGCUGGGACCUGCACAACCCUGGCCCGGGCAGCCACUGCUCGGGGAGCUCUGGUGAUCGAGAACUGCCCCGUGACGGGCGUAGAGGUAAGGACAGACGACCUGGGAGUCCGACGGGUGGCGGCUGUGGUGACAGACCACGGAACCGUCCAGACUUCCUGCUUGGUGAACUGCAUGGGUGUAUGGGCCCAAUCCCUGGGGAAGAUGGCCGGUGUUAAUGUGCCCCUAGUGGCUAUGCAUCAUGCGUAUGUAGUCACAGAGCGGAUAGAAGGGAUCCAGAACAUGCCAAAUGUUCGAGAUCACGACGCAUCUGUGUAUCUGCGUCUCCAAGGUGAUGCUCUUUCCGUGGGCGGAUAUGAGUCAAAUCCCAUCUUCUGGGAAGAGGUCCUGGACAACUUUGCCUUUGGCCUCUUUGAUCUGGAUUGGGAUGUGUUUACGCAGCACAUUGAAGGUGCCAUCAACCGAGUCCCGGUGCUGGAGAAAACAGGCAUUAAAUCCACAGUCUGUGGCCCAGAGUCAUUUACUGCUGACCACAAGCCUCUCAUGGGGGAAGCACCAGAGGUCCGAGGCUUUUUCCUGGGUUGUGGUUUCAAUAGUGCUGGAAUGAUGCUUGGAGGUGGCUGUGGGGAGGAGUUGGCCCACUGGAUUAUCCAUGGUCAUCCUGAGAAGGACAUGUACGGUUAUGAUAUUAGGAGGUUUCACCAUUCCCUUACACGCAACAACUGCUGGAUCCGGGAACGGAGUCAUGAGUCGUAUGCAAAAAACUACUCUGUUGUCUUCCCACAUGAUGAGCCUCUCGCUGGGCGCAAUAUGAGGAAGGACCCCCUCUAUGAGGAACUUCUGCAACAAGGUUGUGUCUUCCAAGAGAGACAUGGUUGGGAGCGGCCGGGCUGGUUUAAUCCUCAGGGUGAGGCACCAGUUUUGGAUUAUGAUUAUUAUGGUGCAUAUGGCCAACCCCCCCAUGAAGACUAUGCCUAUAAGCGAUUGCUGUCGGAUGAAUACACAUUUGACUUCCCACCUCAUCACAACAUUAUCAGGAAGGAAUGCUUAACCUGUCGAAAUGCCCUUGCCAUGUUUGACAUGUCUUACUUUGGCAAAUUCUACCUUGUCGGCCCCGAGGCCAAGAAGGCGGCUGACUGGCUGUUUACGGCUGAUGUUAGCAAGCCUCCAGGGACAACUGUCUACACUUGCAUGCUGAAUAAGCGCGGGGGAGUUGAAAGCGAUCUGACGGUCAGUCCGAUUGACCCCGGCACCCAGGACUGUACACUGGCUCCUGCAUUUGAGGGGGACGGCUACUACCUCGCUAUUGGGGGUGCUGUGGCACAGCACAACUGGACUCACAUCACUACGGUUCUGCAGGACAAGAGGUUCCAGUGCCGGUUGAUUGACCAGUCGGAACAGCUGGGAAUGAUCAGCAUUCAGGGACCGUCCAGCCGCACCGUCUUGCAGGAAGUGCUGGAGACAGAUCUCAGCAACGAAGCGUUUCCCUUCUCGUUGCACAAGCUGGUGAAGGCUGCGGGUUGCAUGGUCCGUGCCAUGCGGCUGUCAUUUGUGGGCGAGAUGGGCUGGGAGCUUCAUGUGCCCAAGGAACACUGUGUGAAGGUCUACCAGUCGGUCAUGAAGGCUGGUGCCCGGCACGGCAUCGCCAAUGCUGGCUACCGAGCCAUCGACUCUCUCAGCAUUGAAAAAGGUUACAGACACUGGCAUGCAGACCUUCGUCCUGAUGACACUCCCUUAGAAGCUGGCCUGGCCUUCACGUGCAAACUCAAAACUGGCAUCCCUUUCCUUGGACGGGAAGCCAUUGAGGCCCAGAGAGCAGCUGGAAUAUUCCGCCGUCUGGUCUGCUUCACCAUUGACGAAAAAGCCCCCAUGUUUGGGCUGGAGGCCAUCUGGAGAAAUGGCAAAGCUGUUGGGCACAUCCGCAGGGCAGAGUUUGGACAUGCUAUCAACAAGACAAUUGCAUAUGGUUACAUCCGGGAUCCUGAUGGAGGACCGGUCUCCCUGGAGUUUGUGAAAAGUGGAGAAUACACCUUGGAAAGGAUGGGGAUCCCUUACUCAGCCACCGCCCACACGAAGUCACCCUUUGACCCAGAGAACAAGAGAGUGAAGGGGAUCUACUGAUGGAGAAAAAAAGGACUGAACUAUGGGAGGCAGCUGGUUAGACCGCAACAACGAACACAGGAGAACCCAAUGGAACCAGUGGAUGACCGCCACAGGGUGUUGGCGAGUGGCCCAUUUCCACAGUAGCUGGGACCUAAAGGAUGACAGAUGAGCCCUGCUGUAUCAGAGCAAUGUGGUAGUCUUCAGUGGAGACUGGAGGCCCUGAUGUCAGUCGGGCUUUCAAGGAGCUGUCCAAGGUGCUGAAAGCACGUUGGACAGCUCCUUGCAAUGGAUGACUGCACACAAAUGGUACCUAAUGCCCAAUUUCAUUCCCGCCCCCCGCAACUUGGCAUUCUGUAAUAAAGACUUUCACCCUAUCCAAGACAGCAGGUCUCAGUCCCAGCAUAACUUUAAACCGAUUAGCCGUGGAAUCCUAACCGUGUCUCCUCUGCCUGUGGGCUUCCCAUAACAAGCAUCUGCUGUAGCCUGCUGCAAGAACACGCAGAAGCGAGUCCUACUGCAUUCAGUGGGGUUUACUCCCAGGUUAGGAGCGCAGCUGGGGUGAUGAGCUCUGCUGACGAACACAAACAAACACAAAGAUGGUGUUUUGGAAGAGGCAUUACCUGCCUUAAAACCGUGGCACCCCUUUUGCAGAUUCCAUUUCUGGGGCCUGUCCUGCUCUUUGAAUAAACCAAUUAAUCCCCAUAA